GAUGUCUAUUGUAACCAGAUUUGCUUCUUAUUUCAUCAAAAGUAGAGUGAUUAAUUACUCAUGUAUAUAUUGAUUAUGAUCAAUCCAUUAAUAGUAUAAGUUGAUAGGAUUAUGACUGAAAUGUGUAAGGCUGGAUUUCAAGACCCAGAAGAAGGAUUCUUAGAAAGAGAUCCUAUGACAUAUUAUGAAUGCAGAUUUUAUUCUCACAUUGCUAGAAAUUGGAAUCCUAAACUGGAAUCUUUGUAAUUUAUAAUAUCUAAAUCUUAGUGAAGUGAAUUAGUAUGAACUAGCAAAAUAGAAAUUUGUAUAAUUUGAAAAUUUAUACUCAUUCAUCUUAGAUUUACAUAGAUUGACUUGGGAAUAUAGAUCACUAUAUUUGGAAUUGACUAAAGAAAUUGCAACACACAAUACUUGGUUUAGAAGUGAAUACACAACAUUUACAUAUGAGUAUCAUUUAGAAGAGGCUAUAAAUAAAUAUAUUGACCUCUUAAAUUAAUUAAAGGAUUAUCCUUUAUGGUAAGAAAGAGUUAAGGAAGAGAUUGGAUAUUAUUUGCAUCUUAUUUAUAAUUCUACAACACAUUCCAGUUAAACUAAAGAAUUAUUUGCUAAAUUUGUAAUCUUUCAUUUCUAUAUUUAGGAUAAAUUAUAUUUCUUUAAAUGAUA